AUGGGCUACUUGAGAGAGUUAAAGGACCGGGCUCUCUUUAAACUCGAGAAACCACGGCAUGCAACCGUGCGACGUGACCAAACUCAGGCUCAUCCCGACCGUAUAUACGUUACGCAAGAAUUGACCUCGACCGACCAAACCAACAAAGAUCAGUCCCACCCCAAGGAUUCUUCCUCACCACAGGACCUAUGGCAAUGUGCGUUCAUCCAGCUAGACGAAAAGGAUCAGAGCAUUUUGUCGAAACAUUAUCCUGCCUCAAUCAACAGAGGCGAGAGUCGCUCGCGGGUAAUAGACAUGGUCGAUUGGGCUAUAAGGACCACGGAAGACAACUACACGAAGUACCAAGAACGAGGAGGUAUCAAGAUCAGGAGGUCAACGGGAGAGGAUAUUGACCUUCGAAAGCUUGCGGGGAAAAUCAUCGACGCAGCACUCACUUUCAAGGACGUGAUAAAUAAAGGGGUCGCUUGUGAUCCUACCGGGCAUGCCGCAAAAGUCCUUGCCCGAUGUGUGUAUAUUGAAGAGAAUUUCUUCCGCCACCAGACUCGGGACACUAUGAUAGGAUCUGCAAUGAUCAGAGUCUACAAAGAAAUCCUCCAAUACACCGCAGAGGUAUUAAAAGCUCAAUCCUUAGGCCUAGGAAAAGGAGUAAUAGACAAUAUCACGGCAAUCAUCAGCCAACGCCUUGUUCAGCAUCGUUUUUCUAUUGAAAAGGAGGAGCAGAAGCUGUAUCGAUGCGUGAUGUGGGACAAGCAGUUACAAAACGAAAAGAGCGCAGAAAGAAUUCUCGCAGCAAUCGAUGACGAGUUGUCGAAAUCUCUCGAUAAUCUUACCUUGAGGUUUAGUCUACCUAUUGCCGAGGGGGCAUUUUACGACUCAUACAAGGAUCAACACGAAAGUUUUUGUCUUGAAGAUACGAGGGUUCAGCUUCGCGACGAAAUCGCACAAUGGGCUCAAUCACAUGAACCCAUAUUUUGGCUGAAUGGGAUGGCUGGAACCGGAAAGUCUACUGUCGCGCGAACAGUAGCACAGACUUUUCGAGAGAGACAACAACUAGGAGGAAGUUUCUUCUUCAAGAAAGGCGAAGCGGACCGUGACAAUGCGAAACGAUUCAUAACGACCAUUGUGAAACAGUUAAUGACACACAAUCGGCAGUUGGCAUUAGCCGUUCUUCGGGCGAUCGAGAACGAUCCUGACAUUUCUGCGAAGGCUCUCCAUGAGCAAUUCAAAAAGCUCCUUCUCCAGCCAUUACAAAGUCUACCAUUGAGUUCAACCACCACGCUAGUGAUUGUGAUCGACGCGAUUGAUGAGUGUGAGAACGCUGAGGAAAUACGAACCAUCCUCGAGCAUUUGCCACAAACACAGAACUCCAUCGGCAUGAGACUAAAGAUUUUCCUGACAAGCCGACCAGACAAUUCAGUACUCCGUUGGUUUCAGAGAUACAAUGCGUACCAAGCAUCAAUUCUUCAUGAGAUAUCCGACGCAGUGGUUGCACACGAUAUAUCCUUGUUCCUGCAAAACCGGUUCGCCAAAAUCAGAGAGUCACGAGAUAUUCCGAGAGACUGGCCAGGAGCUGAGAAGAUCCAAACUCUGGUUACCAUGUCGGUCCCAUUGUUCAUUUCAGCCGCUACAGUGUGUCUGUUUAUUGAAAAUGAGAAGCGGGAUCCCAUGGAACGCCUCACGAUACUGCUCGAAGACCAAGCCAAAUAUGUAACGAAAAUGGAUAAAACCUACCUGCCUAUUCUCAAGCGGCUUCUCGAUGGUCAAGAUGACGAUGAAAAAGAUCAAAUGAUGCAAGAAUUCCAGCAAAUCGUCGGUGUUAUCAUCCUUCUUGCUGUGCCACUCUCGGUGCAUGCGCUUUCCGACCUCCUCAAUAUUCAGGAAAGAACCAUCAUCGCCCACUUAGACUGGCUCCAGUCAGUUCUAAGCGUACCUAGUGACCGAGAUUUUCCGAUCAGAACUCUGCAUCUAUCAUUCCGAGAAUUCCUCCUUGCUACGAAAAGUGGUUUCCAUGUGGACGAGAACAAUACACAUGCGAAGAUAGCCAACCUUUGUCUUAGCGUCAUGCGUCAAGAGCUGAAAUGCAACAUCUGCAGUUUGCAGAGCUAUGGAACACAGCGCGCGAAUGUAGACGGCCAGAGCAUCAAGCAGUGUCUUCGACCACAUCUUCAGUACUCUUGUCGCUACUGGUUGUACCAUCUAGAGCGGAGCAAAGGCUUUAUCUCCGAGCAAGAGAUUUUGUAUUUCCUCGAAGAACAUCUUCUUCACUGGUUGGAAGCGAUGUGUCUGAUGGAAAAUUCUUCAGAGGUUGUCGGGAUUAUAGACAAGCUACAGUCGUUGAAACAAAACAACGUGGAUUCCAAGUUUUCCCGGUUCUUAUAUGACGCUAAGCGAUUCAUCCUCAAGAAUCUUCACAUGGUUGAAAGUGCUCCACUUCAACUUUAUUGCUCUGGUCUGAUUUUUUUGCCGACGAAGAGUAUUGUUCGGGAGAAAUUUAAAGAACAAAGACCUAAGAAGAUAAACAUUCUACCCCAGGUGGACGAAACAUGGCAUGCCGAAUUACAGACCCUCGAGGGCCAUUCCGAUUGGAUUAGCAAUGUGGCCUUCUCCCCGGACAGCCAAAUAGUAGCUUCAGGCUCUGGUGAUGAAACCAUCAAACUCUGGGACCAUCUGACAGGCCGAGAGCUACAGACACUCCAGGGCCAUUCCGAUUGGGUCCGUUCUGUGGCCUUCUCCUCGGACUGUCAAAUACAAAUACUAGCCUCAAGCUCGGAUGAUAAGACUAUCAAGCUCUGGGAUGUCAAAACAGGCCGUAUGCUAAAGACCCUCGAAGGGCAUUUGGGUACGGUUUACACUGUGGCUUUCUCCUCGGGCUGCCAAAGUCAAAUACUAGCCUCGGGCUCAUAUGAUAAGACUAUCAAGCUCUGGGAUGCUACAAGGGGCCAAGUGCUAGAGACCCUCGAAGGUCAUUCAGGUCCGGUUCUUUCGGUGGCUUUCUCUCUGGACAGCCAAAGCCAAUUAGUAGCCUCGGGCUCGGAAGAUGCGACUAUCAAGCUGUGGGAUGCCAAAACGGGCCAAGAGCUAAGAACCCUCAAGGGUCAUUCCUCUUGUGUCGGUUCUGUGGCCUUCUCCCCAGGUAGCCAAGUACUAGCUUCGGGCUCUUAUGAUAAAACUAUCAAGCUCUGGAAUGCUACAACAGGUCAAUUGCUAAAGACAUUCGAGGGUCACUCAGGUCCGGUCCGUUCUAUAGCCUUCUCCCUAGAUGGCCGAAUACUAGCUUCGGGCUCGAUUGACAUGACCAUCAAGCUCUGGGAUACUACGGUGGACCAGGAGCCACAGACCCUAGAAGGCCAUUUGAGCUUAAUUAACUCCGUGGCUUUCUCCCCGAACAGCCAGAUACUAGCUUCGGGUUCGGUUGACAUGACCAUCAAGCUCUGGGAUACUACGAUGGGCCGACAGCGAAAGAGCCUGGAAGGCCAUUGUGGUUCAGUCAAUACCGUGGCCCUCUCCCCGGAUACCCGAUCAGUAGCCUCAUGCUCUAAUGAUAAGACCAUCAAGCUCUGGAAUACCACGACGGGUCAACUCCUGAAUACCCUCAAGGAUCACUUAGGUCCGGUACGUUCUGUGGCUUUCUCUCCGGACAGCUCAACAGUGGCCUCAGGCUCAAAUGAUAAGUCCAUUAAGCUUUGGAAUGUCGAAACGGGAAAAGCGCUUCAGACUCUCGAGGGUCAUUCCGAUUGGGUCCGUCGUAUAGCCUUCUCUCCGGAUGGCCUGAUACUAGUUUCAGACUCACUUGAUAAGACCAUCAAGCUAUGGGACAUCAAAACAGGCAAAGUGCUACAGACGCUUGAGGGUCAUUCCUCUUGGGUCCAUUCUGUGACCUUCUCCUCAGACAGCCAACUGUUGGGGUUAGGCUUGAAUGACAAGACCAUCAAGCUCUGGGAUGUCAAAACAGGCCAAGCGCUACAGACCUCCGAUGGCAAUCCAGAUUGGGCUAGAACCGUCGCUGGUCAGAUCCAAUACAAGCCUACAUCUCAAGUUUCUGUAUCAAAUGAGUGGGUGGGUUUUGGGAAUGAUAGCCCAAUAUGGCUCCCUGUUGAGUAUCGUGACCCCACUUGCUCAGCUAUGCAAGAUAGAAUUCUUGUUCUUGGGUACGCUGAUGGGAGGAUUUUUAUUGUUGGUUGCGGUACAAAUUAA